AUGUUUUGUUCAGGAUCGUUGAGAGGAGUCAAUUUCGGCGCCGACAACUGGCUCGUCUUCAAAAAGGUCACUGUCGACCAGGUGACCACUGGCGCCACCGACAGUUCCAAAGAAAAGGACAAGGAAGAGACGAAUAGCAAUGGGACCGCAAAUGGGAAAGUUGACACCGAAGCAAACUUGAUCCCGGUAUAUAAUGUAACUGUAUCAUUAUUUCAAAGUUACUGAAAGUUUGUUUAGAUCGCCGACAUCAACAAUGUUUGCAGUGGAGAGAAUUGCUUGGCUCGUUUGGGAUGGAACAAAUUGAUGACCGUCAUUGUCCGUGAGAUGAAGAGAGGUUAGGUUUCAAGUUUUCUCAAACAACUCUUUAAAUAUUUUAAAGGAUUCCUGGAAGAAGCGAUGCGUAAUUGCAAGGAAGAGGACAACAACGGACUUCUCGGCGCUUGA